AGAUCAGCGUCGAGGAGUAGGUAUAUACCCGUAUGUCCAACUUCACCCAAAGACACCAGAACUAUUCCGGCCACGUCCAACAAUAUGAUUGACAGUCAGGCAACAUGGAGGGACUCCGGAGCUGCGGCUAGUUGACUGGGCUGGCAACAAGCCCAUCACGCCCUCUGGACGGGCCUUGCUGGCUUGGUGAUGCGCAAAACGAUGGAGCCGGCGGUCUGGCAUAAGCAAGGCAGAGACAAAAUAAAUCAAGGGACCGGCAGCAAAGACAAUCUGAGGCCAAAGCAAAGUAUAAUUAUAGACAGAGAAUUAAAAGGGACAGAACCGAGCAGACUCGAAGCACGAGGCUGGCCGCGAGCAAAGGGUCAAGACAUGUUCGAGGUCAUGAGGGUCCAAUUCUUCCAAUCGAGAUGGAUCUCCCUUGCCUUGGCCCCGUGUGCCAAGGACCAGGGCUUUUUGUCAACUGCAACAGGUGUUACCUACCAGGGCCCUGGAGAGAUAAGCCUGCCCCGCCAAAGAACCCCUCGAGACGCAAGGCGCAACCCGCGCGGGUGGGCCACAUGCUUGCCCGCGCCAUGCGGGAAGGCGCCACUUGCAGCGAUGUCGCAUUCUUCUCGAACCUGCAGCUCAGCUGAGAUGAGAGUGUGGACGUUCAGUCUGUAUUGUACGACACAAAUGGUGGUGUUCUCGCCGGUUUCGAACCGCGUGGUGGGAUGAAAGAUGGUUGGCGCAAAGUUGGGACGAGAUCCUCUCACCUAGCCAAAAACUAGAACGUCUUUCAUCUCAUCGAAGUUUGGGCCGGUCCUGUGGUUCAGGAACUUUGCGCCGCUCUGAUUUUCGAACCAUCUGAUCUCGAAUUUGCCCUUUCGACGUCGCCUAGGAGAGAACAAAAGUGCGAUCCAAUACUGAUGCUACUCCAAUCUGGCGUAAUAGCCAAGAUGGGGCAGGAGUC